AUGGAAUUCCUUAUGGGAAAUCCGUUCACUACCCCAGUGGGGCAUUGCAUUGAAAGAGCAACUGAUGGGUCGCUGCCAAGUGAAGAUUGGACUCUUAACAUGGAAAUAUGCGACAUUAUCAAUGAAACAGAAGACGGGCCAAAGGACGCAAUUAGGGCAGUGAAAAAAAGACUGAAUGGCAAUAGGAACUACAGAGAAGUGAUGCUCGCUUUAACGGUGCUGGAGACUUGUGUAAAGAACUGUGGCCACCGGUUUCAUUCUCUAGUCACAAGCAGAGACUUUGUUGAUGGCGUCCUUGUUAAAAUCAUCUCUCCUAAAAACAACCCUCCCACCAUAGUUCAAGACAAAGUGCUGGCCCUGAUCCAGGCAUGGGCCGAUGCGUUUAGGAGCAGUCCAGAUCUCACAGGUGUUGUUCAAAUCUACGAAGAACUAAAAAGAAAGGGAAUCGAGUUCCCCCUGUCUGACCUUGAGACACUGUCACCGAUUCAUACACCUCAGCGGACCGCAUCAGCUCCAGAAGGAGACUCAGCUCUACACAAAUACACCGCUCCUUCCCAACCUGUCCAGCAGCCUGUUUCAAAACCCUACACAAACCCUCAGGUUCCCAACAUUCACCCUUCUGGAGCCGUGAACCCAACACCUGAACAGAUUUGCAGACUGCGCAGUGAGCUGGAUGUUGUUCGGGGAAAUACAAAGGUCAUGUCUGAGAUGUUGACUGAGAUGGUCCCAGGACAAGAAGACACUUCAGAUUAUGAGCUACUACAGGAGCUGAACAGGACAUGUAGAGCCAUGCAGCAAAGAAUAGUUGAGCUCAUAUCAUGUGUCUCAAAUGAGGCUGUGACUGAAGAGCUGUUGCACGUAAACGACGACCUCAAUAACAUCUUCCUGCGCUACGAAAGAUACGAGCGGUUCAGAUCUGGAAGGUCCACAGCUCAGAGUGUAAACAAUGGGGUCUUAAGUGAAGCGACGGAGGACAACCUGAUAGAUCUGGGCCCUGCCUCGCCAGCAGUGGUCAGCAACAAGCCAGCCCCGACCAGCUUACCUCCGAACGUCACUGCUGACGCCGGGAGACCAUCCUCUCCAGCCACUUUGGCCUCUCGCCUAGCUGGACUAGAUGUUGGCGCACAGAGCGUGAGCAGCACUCUGAGCUCUUUAACCAGCUGCAAGCCUCCAGGUUCUCAGGACGAGUUUGACGUGUUUGCUCAAACUAGGACUGGAUCGCUCCCUGAACCGAACAUGAUGAUUCCGGCAGAGGACGGCCAGACUGCUGGUGCUGCUGCUGUUCUUCCUCCUCCCACUAUGGACGUCAAGCAGCCACGAGCAGGAGGAGCGGGAAUGCCACGUCAGUCCUCUGUCAUGGAUGACAUAGAGGAGUGGCUAAGUACUGAUGUGAAAGGCGAUGACGGUGAGGAGGGCGUUACAAGUGAAGAGUUCGACAAGUUCCUGGAGGAGCGAGCCAAAGCUGCAGAGAUGGUCGCCAGUAUGCCAUCCCCGCCGUCCGGCGACCCUAGCACAGAGCAGGAAACCCCGAGCCACAAGAAACCGGACAGGCCGGAGGACACCUUGUUCGCUAUGUAG